ACGAUAUGGUCCCAUUGCCGUAGAUGUUCCGGAAUAAAGUAGUAUCAUUGCAGUACCACAACCCUACGCUAAAAAGACGGUUUAUACAAAACACCGUAAGGCGGCGCCUCACCUUUCUAAAAUGGAUCCAGCUGGCGUUUUGCACCGGCUGCUUACUAUGCGCGUCGGCGGCGAUCUACCUGAUCCCACUUCUGAACUCUAACGUAAUAUUCGCGCUCGCGCUAAACGCGGCGACGGUUUUGUUUAACCUCGGCGCCGUCUUUUGCUUUUACUUCGGAAGGUUCGUUCCAAGCGAAAUCCAGGUAGUCAUAGACGGCGCGUUCGCUUUGACUUAUUGCGCGUGCGCAGUCACGAUGUCGCUCGCCGGAAUCUCCCAUCCGGUAGCAACUGCGCUGACCAUAUUGCAGGGAUUCGCGGCGGCCAUAUUUUUAACGGAGCUGAUGUGCAAAAUUUUGAUGACUUCGCUUCUAAGACAGACCACUCGCGUUACAUCCGUCAAAGAUGUCGCCAUUACCGCCUUCGUAGCCAAUCCUCCACUACCGAGACCAAAACGAUCACCACUCACAGCGAUACCGAUCAGCUAUGGUGGUACGUUCCCCGUAGGGAAAGACCUGCCGCCUUUCCUCCCGGAAGAAACCGUCGAAGCUAGUACUUCAGUGGAUUACUCUACAAAAACCAAACUCGUCCAGGUGGACAUCGAACAGAGGAAUAAAGGUACCUCGGCACCUUUCGCGUACGACCAACAAAAACGCAAGAAGUCCAUGUGGACGUGCGCCUCGGCUAGUCCGCCAAAGAAACAACCCCAACCUACUCCCAUCACGUACAGCGGUACUUUUGCCGUCAACAGAUAUACGGUGCCGUUUACGAACGACCUCAGAGAUACAUCACCAAAAGGUUCGCCCCGAACUUACACCCUGUUUGAAAGGGAGGUGAGCGGAAAUAGCGGCGCCAGCUCACCGAGAAAUUUGAGGAGGGCUGCUUAUUUGGAGGACGGGACCGCAAUGCAGGGCGAUGAACACCGGGAAAUUGGUGCCAAGAGGAUGAGGCUCGGGAGAAUGAACGACUAGAGUUGUGGUUUUGUGGAGUUUGAUAUGAUAGGACUUUCCUUUGAUUUAGCAAAAGCAAAGCACUACUUGUAAACCUUCUUACUUUUUAUUGAAUUAUGAUGUCUAAAAAAUAAGUUGUUCUCUGAAAGAAAUAUAUUGCAAAAUUAUCGGAACUUUCGCAAGGGACUAUUUAAUAUUAAUUAGGAUGAAUAAAAGCUAGAACGGAGAAAUAAAAAAAAUUAAUAAGGCUACUUCCAUAUGCUCGCUAUAUUUGCAGUAUUACAGGUGUCAAAGAAAAUCAAAAUAGUGUAGGCCAUGUACCAACGGAUACUUCAGUAACCAGAAGAAAAGUUUAUAGUAAAUUAUAUACAAAAGAGAGAUGAAAAUAAAUAAUACAGGUCGGGAGUGUUGUUUCCAUUGGUAAAUAAAUAAUGGGUGUUUUUUUUCGAUGUGUUGAACUUUAAGUUGGCAUUACUGUCCAAGAUGGCGACCGAUUCAACAGCUGUCAAGUGAUAUUCAUCAUGAAUAGACCCACGCCUGAACAACACUUGCAAAUAGUGCAAUUUUAUUUCGAAAAUAAUGGUUCUGUGCGGAAUACGUAUCGUGCACUACGUCCAUUUUAUCGACGACAAAAUCGUCCAUCCGAGCAGUUAAUUCGAUUAACCAUGGAACGUUUUCGCACCACGUUUACUCUUAUUGAUAACUCGAAUCCCCAGAGACGCCGUACAGUGCGUACAGAAGAAGCUAUUACUGUUGUAGAGAGCAUUGAGGAAGACCCGAAUGAGUCCACCCGCCAUCGAGCACAGGAAUUGGAUCUGUGUCCAUCCACUUUAUGGAAGAUUUUGCGGAAGGAUC